AUGUCAACUGCUACACCCGAGAUUAUCGGCUCCCUAGCCGAUAUCCAAUACCUAGUCAAACUGAUCUCUCGCCAAUACAAACAGCCGCGAGACCUAAGCAUCCCCAAUUCACCCCUCUAUAUCGACGUGCAAGGCGCAAACCUCAACCGUGCAGGCCCCAUCUCCCUCCUUACCCUCCUCUCCUCAUUAACCUACUACCUCGUCGACAUACUCCAGCUAGGCUCAAUUGCCUUCACUACUCCCAGCACCCAACGCAAAUCCGCAUUCAUAACUCCAAAUACCCAAACCCAGACUUUAAAAUCUAUCUUUGAAGAUGCAGAUAUCCCCAAAGUCUUUUUCGACGCCCGCAACGCCUCAGCUGCGCUAUUCACACAAUAUGUAGUAGCGCUGUAG